AUGGGCUCCUACCGAGGAACCCGGUCUCGAAGCUAUCUGUUCUUCAGUGCAGCCCUACUGAUAUGCCUGUUAUACCUUACUUACUCAGCACGAUCCGCUCUAUUCCACAUACCCGAUAGUCUACCAGCAACUCCUAGGGUUGCAAUCCACGAUACCAGAAACAGAACGCUCGGCUUUCAAAAGGUGUUUGCGAUUGGCUUCGAAAAUCGUGUUGAUAAGCGCGAUGCGAUCACGAUCGGCUCUUCGCUCUCAGAAUUUGAUGUCGACUGGUCUGGCGGUGUCAGAUUUGCAGACAUACCCAAAAAAGCAAUAGCAGAGACGUGGGAUUUUAAUGAGCUUCCGAACAGCACUCACGCAGCAUGGCGGGCUCACCUCAAUCUACUUCGACACAUAGUCAACGAACGCAUUCAAACCGCAUUGAUCAUGGAAGACGACACAGACUGGGACUGGUUUCUUAAGGACCAGCUCGACGCGUUCGCCGAGUCCGCUGGGGCAUUGCAAGAGACCGGUCUUAGACCCCGAUCUCCGUACGGUGAUUCAUGGCACGCGCUCUGGCUAGGACACUGUCGACUUGGUCCCAAUAGUGCGCCGCAGGACGUUCAUUUUCUCAGUAACGAUAUCACUGUUCCACCAGUGGGAUUCCGACACAGUAUCUGGCGUCAGGGACGUAUCCCCCCCGAACUUUUCUCGAAUGAUACACGUGCCGUCUUCCGGGCACACGGGGGCAUGUGCACCUAUGCCUAUGCAAUUACUUACGAAGGUGCUCAAAAGAUUAUCACAUCGCUCUCGUUAAUGGCUGACGCCGCUCCAUUCGACGUUGCGAUGAGCGCAAUGUGUCGGCAAGCGCAUUUAGCUCCUUUCAAUUGCUACGGUAUCCAUCCCCCGAUAUUUGCGAGUCAUCGAUUUGCAGGGUCCAAAUCUCGCGACUCUGAUUUGAUGUCGUAUGAGGUGGCUGCUAAGCACCCAGAAUUUACGUGGGACAUUGUUUACAGCGUGCUCCAGAAUGCUCCGAGGUUGCUAUCGGGAGCAACGACGGUGGCGUCUCAAUGGCCGAACGACACAAGAUAUGCUGAGAUCGACAAAGACGAAACCUUACAGCUGAGAAGGGAUAUACGAAAUAUAAAAUGGCAGGAUAUCCCAAUGACGAAAAUCAAAGGCGUGAACUCUUUCGACUGA